CAAGUCUUCUGAUCACAAUAAGAUUCUAUCUUCAACUGAUUCUCCUUCUAAUAUGGUAUCAGAGCACUAGCCAAGUUCAGCUAGUCGAUCCAACUCAAACUCCUUCUUCCUCGGCAUUCUCAAAUUCACUUCCUCCCCAAGUAAAUCUGCCCUCAUCUUCCCUGUGUUCUCCCGUUCAAUUUUUCGGCGGGGCCUAAUACUUCUUCCCAUCACCAGUUCACCCCAUCCCCUAUUUUUCCCUUCCUCCUCUCUGUCACCAUGUCCGGCAGCUCCAACAUUGACAACACGACCACUUCUGCCGAGGUUCCAGCCAUUAUCACAUUCAAUCCGGCUGCUCAGCUUCCCCUGAAGCUCACCUCCACCAACUUCGCCUCCUGGCGUUCUCAGCUCGACACGCUGCUCAUGGGUCUUGACCUCUUUGGCUACAUGGAUGGCACCACUAUCGCUCCUCCUCGCACAAUUUCAAUUGGCUCUGCAGAGAUGCCCAAUUCCCAAUAUCAGCACUGGUUCAGGCAAGACAAACUCAUCCUCCCCGCCCUACGCUGUUCGAUUUCCGAAUCGAUUUACUAUUUUGUAUCUGCUGCCUCUACAUCGAGGGAUGCGUGGUUAAUUCUUGAAAAAUUGUAUGCGAGCAAUGCUCAGUCUCGCGUAAUUCACUUGAAAGGGAAGUUGGCCAAAACUUCAAAGGGGGAUCGCGAUAUCCUCACCUUUGUAAAUGACCUCAAGAGCACAGCUGAGGAGCUCGCUCUCAUCGGCAAACCUGUCUCUGAUCUCGAUCUCGUCGUCUAUUGUCUCCGCGGCCUGGGUGAGGAAUAUGCCGCCUUUGCUGCCGCCAUUCGCGCUCGGGGCCCUGGUCUCUGCCUCGAGGAUUUGGUUGACUCUCUAGUGGAAUAUGAAGCCGACCUCAAUGCUCAGGUGCGCCAGUCGGUUCCGGCGGCGUUUUAUUCACAGGGACGAAGCAGUUUCAGCGGCGGCGGCGGUGCUUCAUCUAGAGGAGGCUCGCCCACUUCUCGCUCCCCGUGCGGGUUUCCAUCCCAGCGGGCUUCCUCCCCGCGUCCAGCAGCUACUGCCCAGCGGGCCUUAGGCCCACCCGCCACCAACCUCCAUUAUGGGCCGCCUCCUGCAGUCUCCAGUCCCCGCAGGCCCACUGUGAUUUGCCAGUUUUGUGAGCGCCCGGGGCACUCUGUACGCCAAUGCUUCAGGCUGUUUCCCCAGGCCCGUCAGGCUCAAGACCAUCACACGGCUGCUACUCGUGCCUCAACUUCCAGCCCAUGGCUCCUUGACUCUGCCGCCUCCCAUCAUGUUACCUCCGAGCUAGGCAAUUUAUCUCUAUAUUCGGAUUAUACCGGCCCAGAUGAGAUACUCGUUGGCGACGGCACAGGUUUGCAAAUAACACAUAUUGGGUCUACUACACUGCACAAUUCCUCCUCUUACUUUCACCUAGAUGAUGUGUUAUGUGCUCCUGCUAUCAAACGAAAACUUAUCUCUGUUGCCAAGCUUUGUCGUACUAAUCCCAUUUCGGUGGAAUUUUUUGAUGAUUGUUUUGUUGUGAAGGAUCUUCGCACGGGGGCGUCGUUACUGAAGGGGGCAAAUAAUGGGGACGUCUAUGAGCUCCCUGGGGAUGUGGAACCGUUCGUCUUGCUCUCAUGACCACUCGCACCUCUUCCACAUCCUGGCACGCUCGUCUCGGCCAUCCCUCUACCUCUUCCCUCACCAGUCUGCUUCGCGCACAUUCCUUGCCAGUAUCAUCCUCUCCCAUCAGUAGUCAUUUUCAUUCUUGUCUUUCCAAUAAAAGUCACAAACUACC